AGCCGGAUGCCUUAUGGGAUGAGGCGCUUCCUGGAAAUGGAGAGAGCGCGCGGAGUUUGUGUGGGUCUUAGAGACAAAAUAGUCAGAUAAAUGUUUAUAUAUUAUACAAUAUUGCGUUGUGGAGAGGGGAGAUAGAAAAACCUGGAGCGAGAAUACACAGAAAACGGGAAGAAUAAGAGAUAAUGCGCGUAUAAAAAAUACAGAGAGAUUAAAUGUACAGAGAGAACAGAAGAGAAAACAGAGGGAGAGAUAAAAACACGGGGAUGGAUUGAGACAAACAAAGAGAGGGACCCCGCGGCAACGGCCAGUCAAAAACCCCUAGCAAUAGGAAGCCUGUGGGGCCACUGAUUUUUGGAGGCAGUGCCCGAAAGAGCGUGGAGCCACCUUUCAGUCAGUUUGUCUGUUUAUUUUAUGGUAAUCUGUUUUUAUCAAAUCUUGCAAUGGACCGAUAUGUGCUGUUAGUGGUUUGGAAUUAUAGAGGCGACCAAGAUCAAGAUGAAGAGUUUACUGAGCUGACAGCCAUUAAACGUGUCUAUGAACAACUGAGAAAGAAUGCCAGAAUCUCAUCAAAUUCGAGAUUGGUCUUGCUUCCGGCCUGUUCAAUAUCAGGUGGCCCAACACCACAGAAAUGGUUCUUUGCAAUUCAGGCAAUCCAUGGCUUUUCUCAGUUCUGUAGUCCAGAGUGGGACGAAAUUGGUUCCAGUGAAGAGGACAGUGACUGUGAGGAACCUUUGCCAGUAUUAAUCGAAGAAUGUCUGAAUAGUAUAAAUAGUUGUGAGGAAGAGGAUGGUAAUGUCAAAGAGCCCUCAUUCCUGUGUGAGUUAUUUGAAGAGGCUGCUGAGGGUCUACAUCAACUGGCAGAUAAAUUGCCUCCUCCAGGCAAAGGGUUAUUGGAUCUAAUCCUACUGGUCUCCGGUCAUGGUGUUCCUAGGUUGAAAGACUGGCUUCCUGUUGUGGGUGCAUUUAAACAUCUGCAAGAGUGGCAUUCAGCAGAAAUUAUCAUUGCCGUACAGGAUGGCAAGUGUUGGCAGAAAAUUUCCGAGAACCUUGGAGCAACUGUGGUAGACCCAGGAAAUUUUGAGAAAAUGAUUGAUCCAUUGGUAAUUUGGAGAGGGAACAUUCACAUCAAAGAGCAGAAGUUUGCUUCUGAGAUCAUGUUUCCAGGAUUCUGCUUGAAAGCUGGCACUCAAAAAUUUUGCAAUUAUUUAAUAAAUUCCAAUACAUCAUUUGAACGUGUAUCCAUGACAUCCAGAACAACAGAUGCAAAAAGAGAGGGUUUUUAUUAUUAUAAGCCAGUGUUGGAGUUUGUGCAGUUGGUGGCGCUGUCAGACCUUCCCUCCUACUUCCAAUGUGGAAUUGAGUUUGAGUUCACUUUAUCAAGAAGUAAUGCACAAGGCAAAUCUAAACAAAUACUGAAGCAACUUUCUUCUCUACAAGGGAAGGUUGGAGCUCUUUUUAAUCUAUCUUGUAUAGUGAGCAGCACUCAUAUUCCACCCGCUAACCAGUACAGUACACGGAAAUGGAAAGAUUACAUGGCAAAGAAGCCAAAAAGCAUUAAUGUUCCAGAGAUUGAGAUGAAAGGAGAGAUUUGCAACUACUACCUGAUGAUUCAAGGCAAUUGUCGAGGUGGCUGCAAGGCAAUCCUGAUUCAUUCAGCCAAUCAGAUAAAUGGAGCUGCAGCGGUAGCCAUAGUGAAUGGGAUCCUGGAAGAAAGACUUGAAGACAAAGAAGGUGAAGAGUGUGAUGUUGCAGAGCUUCUUGAGGCAAUGCCUUAUCUUACUGGAGACCAGCUAGUACACAGAGAGAAGAAACUGACACAAGUUCAAACGCUUGCUUUAAGAGAGUUUCUCAAAAGCAGGCAGAUGAGUAAAAUUCCUUUAUUGAUUCCAAUUAAUGAAUUGAAGGCAUUGUUAACCUUGGUGCGAGAACAGUACUUCGGGCGAUAUGGCAGGAACCUGCCAAGCAAUAUAUCGGGCAAUGUAUGUCAAAGACGAGAAGACACAGUUAACCAUACUGAAACUGACAGCUCAACCCUAAGCCCAUCACAGCAGCCUGAGAGAAGUGUUCUUGAAAACUAUGAAAAUCUUGAAAGAAUUAGACAGAAGUCCAGAGUUGGUUCUAUGUUAACAAGCUCAUCUGAGACACUGUUGGGACUCCAGGAUAGCCAAAGAGUACUUCCAGUUCAGCUUGACGCCAAAGAACUACUGAAGUAUUUUACACCUGAAGGUUUUCCAGUUGCUGAGCUCCAACCUUUACAGAUACAGCGAGGUGAAAAUGAGUUUCCAUUGACCCCAGAGAUGACUCUGCAGAAGUUGAAAGGUUUGCCGUUUGAAAAGGCUACAGAAUGCCAUUACCAUGGAGUUGAGUAUUGCCUAGACAACAGCAGAGCACUCGAAAAAGAUAUUCGAUUUGGGAAGCUUCAGUCUCGCCUUAUCCGCUAUGAAACUAACACAACCUGUUCAAGAGAGCAGUGUCCAGUUGUUUAUGGAUUAAGCCCACUGUCGUCUCCUGCAGUCCUUUCAGAACCUGGAAGUGUGCCAGAUGGUGAAGCUUUACAGAAUGAUCAGAAAAAUACUGGUGGGAUUGGACAAAAGCGUACAUCAAGAAAGGUGGAGAGUUUCCAUCUGAGCAAAAGACUUAGCAAAUCCAAAAGCACAGAAUCCCUCAAUUCCCAGUAUUCACUACAAACAUCACAGGGGGCUGGAAAUAAUGGAACUCAUUUAAUAGCUGGCUUGCGGGAUCACUCUCAAAGGCAUGCAGCUGUUUCAUCUUCCAGUAAGGAGCCAAACAGCCGUAUUCAGAGAAUGGCAACAAAGGCUAGUCAUGAAAAUGUGAAAAAAGAAUCACGAUCUCAGAAGCAUAAAAGGAUGCUGAAAGAAGUUGUGGCAAAAGUACUUGAGAAUAAUGGAAUUUCAAAGAAGCAUAACUCUUUUCUAUCAUGCAGUCAACGUUUGUUUAAAAUAUCCAUGCUUUACCUGAAGGAUUUAAAAACGUCACGUGGACUACAUGAAGAAAUGAAAAAGACUGCAAACAAUAAUGUGCGACAGGUGAUUGACUGGGUUUUGGAAAAAACUGAUGUGAAGUGAAAUUCCAGAAAUGGGAAAUCCUGCUGAAAGCUUCCUUAAUCUGCUGGGAUUUAAUUGACAAGCUCUUCACGUGAAUGCAGCAUGAAGUAGCCAAAAAUAAAAAUGUGUUUAAUUGUGUUACAUAGCAACUUCAAUGAUUUUGUUCUUAUUCUGAAUGGUGAGGUACUUGGAGACUAGUAGAAUAAUUGAGAUUAUGCAUUUUAUUUUUGUAUUGAAACUAUGUGCAUUUCAUUCCUAAGACAUUUAUAAUCCAGUUAAAGCUUUGAAUCUUAAGUUUUUACUGUUUUUCAAUUUUAAAAUUAAAACGUGCUGGUUUUUAUCUGAUCGAUUUUUAACCAAGUGUUUUGUGACCAAACAAAAAUCCGCCCUAUCAGUUCCUGCAGCUAUGCCAUCUGCAUUAAAAUCUAGUUUGUUAAGUUGUGUAAAAUGACUUUGAAAUAUUAUAAACUUGCAGAAACAAAGAAAUACAUUUGUUUCACAACAGCAAGCACCCAAAUAUUAAGUAGUGAAUUAACUUAAAAUAUAGGGCAUCUUCUCUGUUCCCUUUUAAAUAUUGAAUUUGCCUUGCUUUGGUAUGAAAGUCAUAACCGUGGAACAAAAAUCCAUUCUUUUGAUUCUUUACAAAGAAUUAUAAUGUGAUCCUGCCUUACUACAUCUUAUAAAAUGGCCUGAGAAUAUUGUCAGAGUCAAAGAAUCAGUGAAGAAACUGAUCCUGUGUCCCUUAUUAUAGCUUUCAGGAUAGAAAACGUUCUCUUAUGGUUUUCCAAACUAAAUGCUGCAGCUUAACAUAGGAACCUAUACAUUUAUUUGUACAAAAAUUCUGUAGUGUUUAUUCUAAUGCCGUUUUUAUUCUACUCUUUCCCAUCAUCUUCACUAACUUAAGCAUUUUGAAAUCUAAAUUAUUGAGACCCUUUUGAAAAGUGAAAGAUGAUAACUGCACUAUAUCAAAACUGAUGAUUAUUGUUUUAAAAUAUGAAGACACGAUUAAAGAAGUAAGGGGGAAAGCAAUCUGAGGAACAACCAGAGCAUCAUCUUCAAGUAGAGAAUUCUACAGGCUGUUCUCAAUGAACCUCUCUCAUUUGGCCUAAUACUUAAACCUUGGGAACAGUUGUAUUUGUAAUGUUAAAGCAGUAAUAAUAUAAAGACCAUAUCAAACCUUUAGGAACAAUCUCAUGCAAUUUACUCAAUAGCCAUCACUGAGCUGAACCCAUCACAUAUUGUAGGUGUCUGGACUGAGCCUUUUGAACUUGAUCUAAGUUACUCCAAGUUACCUUGCACUUGACUAGAUGUGACAUUAUGUGAACUCAAUUGUCGUUAUUGGGAAAAUAGCUCUGAUUUACCCAGAUCAUUUACUGAUUCAGCUUUUGAUCUGUGGAGGGCAACUAGUCAAAAAUUAGAAACAACUGGUCAAAAGAACAUGUAUUUCCAAAAUGGUGAUUUUUGUUUGUUUGAUUAUGCUGUAAGGUUGUGCACAUUUUCUGAAAACUGUUUUAAAUCUAGUUACUCAAAUUGAACUUGUACGCAAAUUAGCUUCCUUUUGUGGGUAACACUUCUGGAAAGAAGCAAAUGAACACACAGAAAUAAAGUUUAUGAUCGUCUUUUAUUCAGUAUUCAUUUAUAUACAAUCAAUUAUCAAGCAUAUUCUUAAAACUAAAGGGAAAAGCCUCAUUUUGUUUAUUAAGUAAAAAGUACAGAAAAUGAGCAGGACACUUUUUUGUGGUAAAUAACACAUCAGUUCAAAAAAUUCAAAUUGCAUUUUACAUAUUAACUGUCUCUCAAUUAUAUUACUGAGAGCUGUGGAUGUACAAAAUGAGUUUGCAAAGCUGGAUCCUUCAGAAAACUUGUAACUUUUUCUUGCUUUUGCUGAAUUGCUGAACCUACCAAUAAAAUUAAAGUUGAGAAUUCA